AUGUGGUCGACGGAACCAUCUGUUACCUACUCUGUUAUCUCAGCCAAUAACAACUCCAUCAAAUUAGUAAAAGAUGACAAUCUUCGAGCUAACUUGUCUCUUCUCACAGAUGGAAACUACAAUCCCAUUAUUGGCACAGCCGAUUAUUAUAUUGUAGCGAGUUGCAACAGAUGGAUGUUGGUGACGUGCCAUGAAAACCCUUCAAGGCCAUAUGGGCUUCUGUGGAACCCUGCAAUCUAUGAGCGCGAAUCUUUUGCUUUCUCUUCCGGACCUGUUUAUAAAGAGCUACCGGAUCAAAGAUUUAGGGAUGUUCUCCUGUGGGCUUUUGGCGUCGGGUUUGAUUCUGCAUCUGGAGACUAUAAAGUGGUGAGAUCUUGCGUGUACGAUGAUCUAACCGAAUGCGUCUUUGCUGAGGUGAUGUCGAUUAGAACUGGUUUGUGGAGGACAAUCACUUAUCCUCAUGAUCCCAGCAUCUUCCUCUUUUCAGGCUCUUCUAUUUACAUUAAUGGCUUUUAUUAUUGGAUGGCUUACGGUCCCGGUGUUGAUGGCGUUGUUGUUUCAUUCGACUUUGCUAAGGAGGAGUUUGGCCGUGCUCUUAUCCCUUUGCCCAAGAGAUGGAGUGUUGCUAUUGCCGACUGUCAUGGGUCGCUUGCUGCUGUUAGUUAUGAUUUUGAGCGAGUUUCUGGUGAAAUUGAGAAGCCUUUCGGUUUCAAGAUUUGGAUAUGGUAUGCCAUUGGGCUUAGCUGGUCCUGUUUGUCCACUGUCGACAUCCCUGCUGUUGAUGUUGCAGUUUCUGCUCCUCUUGUUCAUGCACUGGGCCUCUACAAAAAUGAGAUUCUGCUUGCUAAGAAUUCCGAAAGUGAGUUGCUUCUUUACAAUUUGCCGAGCAGAAUGUUUUUGGAUUUAGGUAUCCAUCAUGAUAAAGGGCCAGGGAGCAUGACGAUUAUCCCUUUCGUUGGGAAAAUAUGA